GGACACGAGUUCAAAUCUCACGUCUUCCUCACAUCUCUCGUCUUUUGAAAUCAAACGCUCACAUUCUGCGCAUAUUCCGACGAACAUCUCCAACGCGAUCCGUCCACCUCCUCGCCGACCGAUGCAUUUGUCGGAAUCGAAUUGUCUCGUCUGAAACGGGUCGUCCAUCGCCGGAGGUGCAGAAAGAUCAGCUCAUCUCCCCUUUGAAUCGAUUCCAUGUUCGCCAGAAAAUUUCUACAGAAAUCCUCCGCCGAUCACAAUUCUCCCACGUCUCCUCGGCCCCAGCCAAUAUCGGAGCAUAGGCUUUCUAAAACUUCUUCGGAAGUUGAUGCGCUUGCAGGGAGAUCUUCAUGGAUAUUUGGCAACAUCAGAUUUGGAUCCUCAUACUGUCAUCCACUAUGGUAUACCAUCAACAGCAUCUGUUCUUGCUUUUGACCCAGUUCAGAGCCUCUUGGCUAUAGGCACAUUAGAUGGAAGGAUAAAAGUGAUUGGAGGAGAUAACAUUGAAGCAAUUCUUGCGUCGCCCAAACAACUACCUUUCAAAAACUUGGAGUUCAUACAAAACCAAGGGUUUCUGGUUAGCAUCUCAAGUGAAAAUGAGAUUCAGGUCUGGGACUUGGAUCUUAGGCAGACAGCUUCGAGCUUUCAAUGGGAAUCCAACAUUACGGCUUUUUCAAUUCUUCAGGGCACCGGUUACAUGCACAUUGGUGAUGAAUAUGGUAUGGUGUCUGUCAUAAAGUACAAUGCUGAAGAAGGGAAACUAGUGCAGCUUCCUUAUUACGUUCCCACUGAUGCUUUAGCUGAAGCAGCAGGGCUUUCGUCGCCUAUUGAACAUCCCAUUGUCGGACUUCUCUCCCAACCUUGUUCCAAAGGAAAUAGAUUGUUGAUUGCAUUUUCAACUGGGUUACUUUUUCUCUGGGAUGCCUCAGAAGAUCAUGUCGUGUUCGUUCGAGGAAACAAAGAUUUACCUUUGGAGGGUAAAACAGUAGCAAAUUCUCCAGAAGCUACACACACUGAGCUUUCUGAUCUUGAAUUGGAGGGGAAAGAGAUAAGUUCUCUUUGUUGGGCGUCGGAUGAUGGUUCAGUUCUUGCUGUUGGUUAUGUGGAUGGAGAUAUAUUAUUUUGGAACUUCUCUGAUGGAAAUGUUAGAAAGUCAUCUAAUCAUGUCGUUAAGCUUCAAUUGUCGUCGGCUGAGAAAAGACUUCCUGUCAUUGUUAUGCAUUGGUGUUUGGAUGUAUCUCGCAGAGAUGGUGGAAAGCUCUUCAUUUAUGGUGGUGACGUUAUUGGUUCUGAAGAAGUUCUUACGAUGUUGAGCCUUGAUUGGUCUUCUGGUAUGGGAAGUAUGAAAUGUGUCGGCCGCGUUGACCUCACCCUAAAUGGUUCAUUUGCUGAUAUGGUCUUGUCAUCGAUUGCCAGUUCAAGGAGCAGUGGAAUGUUUCUGUUUCUAUUGACAAAUCCAGGACAAUUACAUGCAUAUGAUGACACCCACCUGGCUUCCCUGAUGUCUCAGAAAGAUGAGCAAGUUUCUGUUUCUCCCCUGCCAUAUCCUAUGGUUGUACCAACAACGGAUCCAUAUAUGACAGUCACAGUACUUGCUCCGCUAAACGGAGAUGAUAAAUCCUCAAGGACAUUUUCCGAGAUAGUUCUAGCAGCAAAAGCUCGAACACCGUGCUCUCCAUUAAGAGCAAAUGCAAAUGCAAAAUGGCCUCUGACUGGUGGUGUUCCAAAUCAAUCUGAAGAUUACAAGCUUGAGAGACUGUACAUAGCAGGAUAUCAAGAUGGGUCGGUGCGAAUAUGGGACGCGUCUUUCCCAAUUCUGUACCUUCUUUAUACCUUAGAGUCCAAGGUAAAUGGUGUUGAUUUAACUGGGGCAGACGCAUCAGUAUCUGCACUUGACUUCUGCUCUAAGACUUUGUGUUUAGCUGUUGGCAAAGAAUGUGGUAUGGUCCGUAUAUGCAAGCUGGUUGGUCAUAAGAGUGAAACAAGUUUUACGAUUGUUACCAUCCAUGAUAAGCAAGUUCACACUUUGCAACAAGACGAUGGACCUCGGUGGUAUGCUGCAUUUUCCUUCCUGAGUUCUCCUGUUUGCGAAUUGCGAUUUGUGCAGUCUGCAAGAAGGCUUGCUGUAGGAUUCAAAUGUGGCAGGGUUGGAAUGCUCGACAUUGCUGCAUCAUCAGUAUUAUUUCUUUCAAACAGCAUAUCUGAUCAAAGUUCCCCAAUCACGUCGCUCUCGGUGAAGUCAUUUCCAGAAUCAACUGAAAAAAUAACUGGUCCAAAUGAAUCAAAUGAUGACUCCAAAAAUCCAGAGGUUCUUGAAGAGUUGAUCUUGUAUGCAAUGACAAAGGAUACAGAGGUUGUUCUUUUAGAUGGUAACUCAGGGGAUAUUCGUGCCUCGUUCCCAAGACUUCUGAAGAACCCAACUGCCAUCUCUAUGCACACUAUAGAGGACUUCAGUGAAAACUCCAAAAUGCCCAAUGAGAAACCUGCCCAAGUGUCCCCCGGGAAGGGGGAAGCUGUGGACAAAACUCAUUUUACUAAUGCUAACAGUGUGAACCCUCCACCAAAAGGUGAACACAAUGCUGCCAGUAAGAUCAAACCUGUUGGUCAAAUAUUAGCAAGUUCACAAUUUCUGAUCUGUUGUGAGGAUGCACUACGCUUGUGUUCUUUGAAGUCUCUGUCUCAGGAAUGUCUUGAUUGCACUAGAGAAGUGAAUCUUUCAAGGCCAUGUUGCUGGAUGGGAACCCUUAAAAAAGGCGGCAAAGAAUGUGGGGUGCUUCUGCUUUACCGAACAGGACAUAUUGAAAUAAGAUCUUUCCCAGAUCUUGAAGUUGUGGGAGACAGCGCUCUGAUGUCACUUCUUAGGUGGAACUUCAAGACUAACAUGGAGAAGACAGUAUGUUCUGAUGAUAGGGGGCAUGUUGUCCUGGUAAAUGGGUGUGAAGUCGCUAUCCUGUCAUAUCUGGCCCAUGAAAAUGGCUUCAGGAUUCCGGAGACUUUACCUUCUCUUCACGACAAAGUUCUUGCGGCUGCUGCUGAUGCCACCUUAAGUCAAUUCCCGACGCACAAGAAAAACCAGGAAGGCGGUGCUAGAUUCCUCGGUGGCAUUAUUAAGGGUUUCAGAUCAAGCAACGAACAGAAGAAGGUGGACCGAGCACAAGACUUUUCACACUUGGUGGACAUCUUCUCUAACCCGCCAUAUUUAAAGCCGUCAGCUGCCAAUGUAGACGAUGAAAAGAUCAUUGAGCUGAACAUAGAUGACAUCGAGAUUGAUGAACCUGUGACUGUGUUGCCGGCAUCCAGGACAAACAAAAACGAAAAGAAAGAUAAAAGAACGGAGAAGGAGAGAUUGUUCGAAGGAGCUUCAAGCGAUGCACAACCAAGAACGAGGACAGUGGAUGAAAUUAAGGCCAAAUACAGAAAAGCCGGGGAAACCUCUGCCAUAGCUUCACAAGCAAGAGACAAGCUUCUGGAACGGCAAGAAAAACUCGAGAGAAUCAGCGAGAGAACAGCAGAGCUACAGAGCGGGGCAGAGAACUUUGCGUCGAUGGCUCAGGAGCUCGCGAAGCAAAUGGAGAAGCGGAAAUGGUGGAAUAUAUGAGAAGGUACCUCAUCCUCUCUCUGCUUCAGCUUCAUACGCUUUUGUCUUGCUGUUUUCAUCAUAUGAGCAUUAGCAUUCACUCACACCAAGAUCCGGUUUUUUUUUCUUCUAAGUAUAUAAACAUUCUGUUGUCCAUUUGUUUGUAAUGUGUUGUGUUAGUUAUUUUAGAGUAGAUUGGUGGAAUUUAAAAUCUCUCAAAGGAUUCUUGUUUCACGUGUAUUACAAGUGUGGUGGAGGAGUAAAAUGCUUGUAAAAGACGUGUCGUGAAUUGGUUAAGUGUUAAGGAUUAGUCGGAAGAUA